AUGAGCGAUAAGCCUGGGCCUUCAAAGCGCUCUAGUAAAACAAGUAUACUGACUUCUCGUGCUAAAAAACGCCGCACAAAUUUUUUUUCUGAUGAAAGUGAUUGCUCUAGUGAUGAAGAAGUUUUCUCGCAGUGUAGUGAUGGGGAUAAGGAAUGGGAAGAGGAAGAAGAGACGGAAUCCAGUGAUGAGAGCAUUUUUGAUUCGAGCAAGUCUUGCAAAAAUAGACUUGCAGUGAGCCGUGACCCUUUAGAACUGUCACAUAAAUUACCCCCAAAAAAUCAGGCGGGUAGCAAUGAAGUGAUGCCUUCCCGUCAUAUAUCGACAGAAAAGGAUAACCCUAACUCGCCGGAUGUGAUACAAGAUUAUGGCAUGUAUCCUGACAUUCCUGACAAUUUAUUGGUAGACAUUGAUACAACACCAUCUGUAUCGUUACUAAGGUCAUCGGCUCCUACUCCAAACUUGUCAAUUCAGGAAAUCCCCACACUUCGUAAUGAAAACUUUGCCAGUUCCCCUACGCCGCCGACACUUUCCGCUAGACAUGAACCUUCACAACCUGAGGACCAGCAGCCAUCUCAACAAGGAGCCACUUCGUAUUGGACUUCCGAUGGUACAUUGAAGAUCAUAGAUUUUACUAAAACUCAAGAGUUAUUAGUUCCAGCUCCAUCAAAUCCAUAUGAAGCAUUUCGGUUACUUUUGGACGAUGAUUAUUUGGAUAUGAUUGUGCAUGAAACUAACCUCAAUGCAGUAAGAGUUUUAGGACAACCUGGUUUAACCGAAAAAUCCAGAAUAACUCACUGGAAAGAUUUAGACCGCGAAGAAUUAAUUAUAUUUUUGGGUUUACUGCUUCACACAGGUACAAUUCGCCUCAACAGACUCAGCGACUAUUGGAAGAAGCAUUGGUUAUUCAAUUUAUCUUGUUUUAGUCAAUAUAUGUCCCGGAACCGAUUCAUGCUAAUCUUACGAUGUCUACAUUUUACAUCAGAACCAAGCGAUGAAGAUAGGCUGGCUAAAAUUCGUCCAGUUAUGGACCAUUUCAACAACACAAUGAAUGCUAUUUAUUAUCCAGGAAAACAGCUUUCUUUGGAUGAAUCUAUAGUGUUGUGGCGUGGUCGUCUAGUGUUUCGCCAGUUCAUCAAAAAUAAGAGACACAAGUAUGGUGUUAAAUUGUACGUUCUGGCUGAGCCUGAUGGUACAGUAAUAAAAUUUCAGAUAUAUGGUGGUGCAGGUGAUGAGACUGCCGGAGUUGGACACACUCAAAAAGUUGUUCUGAAGUUGCUGGAAGAAAAACUAGAUUCUGGUCACAGUGUUUACAUGGAUAAUUAUUACAAUUCGUAUGAUUUAGCAGUAAAACUGUUGGAUCGUCAAACUUAUUGUACUGGUACCCUUGGUAAAACACGAAAAGGAAAUCCUAUCGAACUUGGCACAGUCACAUUAAAAAAAGGAGAAAACAAAUCUUUAUUUUUGAAUAACGUACACAUCGGUAAAUGGAGAGAUAAGCGAUAUGUGCUUUAUUUGACAACGGAGCACGAAAAUGAAAUGAUUGAAGUUACGAAUAAAAGAGGACAAAUUACUGAAAAACCUUCAGCAAUCGUGCACUACAACAACUUUAUGUCAGGAGUUAAUCUUCAGGAUCAAAUGCUGUCCUACUAUCCCUGCGAGAGGAAGACUAUGCGCUGGUAUAAGAAGAUAUUUAUACAUACACUGCAAAUGAGCCUAAGCAACUCAUUAUAUUUAUAUAACAAGUUUUCUGCAACGAGUAAGAUCAAUUUGUAUGAUUACCGUCUUUCAAUUUUGGAGAAGAUGUUACCUAAACAAAAUGUGUUAACGAAGACACUGGUCAUGGAGCACAAACUAACCAAGAUAGAAACGGUAAAGAUACGUGAGAAAAAGGAAGGAAAGCGUACACGAACAAUAAAAGAAGUAGUGAGGAAAGAGUGUAAGGGUUGCAGAGGAAAGAAAAAAAGAACAGCAACGCUCUUUGAAUGUAAAGGUUGUCCAGACGCCCCAGGGUAUUGUACUGAAUGUUUUUGCGAAGCUCAUUCAUAA